AUGGUGGGCCCAGCCCGCUACUGGUACCGACAGCUGAGUAGAUCGACGAGACUCAAUUGGAAAGAAUUGAUGAACAGUUUUCUUGUGGAAUAUGCGGGACACGGGAUGUCCACAAGCCGACAAUAUUACCAUGCAAAGAAACGAUCGGAGGAAGAUCCUUUGCAGUACCUGUAUCGGCUUAAUGUGAUGGGAACGCAGGCGAAGAUACCGGUGAUGACUGGAUUGCCAGCUGCGCGCAAGGAACAUGUCAAACAUUUCAUUGACACCUUGGACGACCCCGAUCUGUCCAAUCAAUUGCUAUUGCUGAAUGUAGGAGACGCGGAUGCCAUGCAAAAGACACUGCAUGGAUAUCAACAAGGGAGAUCGCGUCAAGGGAAAGUGAUGAUGGGAUCGUCCAAGUUCAGGCAGAAGGGAACUCCGGGUCCAGCAUUUUCUAAGCCUGCACAAGCGGUGAGGAUGGUCCGUACCGAGGACGUCAGCAGCGAGUCAGGUUCGGACACCUGCGGAUCGUAUUUGGAAGAUCGAUUGAGAUCGAUCCAUGUGGCUGCUACUACGGAUCGGUGUUCGUCCCCCAAUGACGUUGCAGCAAAAGCGAGAUCGGCCGACCCGAACACUCGUCAAGAUUAUCAAGAUCGCAAUAUGCCAUUGAAGCCGUGUGCUCAUUGCGGAUCGACCAAGCAUGGAGAUCUCGGUUGCUGGAAGCGGCUCACUUGCCAGAAGUGUGGUCGUAAAGGAUACCCCUCUGACAAUUGGUUUUUCGUGAGUCGCGCCUGCGGUGAGAUGCACGACCCGGGGAAGUGUCCUAUGGAGGAGUUCUAUAACAUGAUCCGCCAAUGGUACGUCCCAACCAAGCAUGCGGGGAUACUGCCAGAGAAGGCAGAGAAGAUGUUAAACUAG